GGUUCGUUUCCGUUUUUGUGAUUGGCUGACGAAUCUUUGCCGCUCGGCGCUCCGUUGCUCAGGUCUCCUUUCACAGGCUGCCGAAGUCGCUCGCCGAUUCCGGAAAAACCCGCAAAGAUGAAUCUGGCAGAGGGUCGGGACCCGCGAAAAACGGCGGGAAACCGCAUGUCCGGCCUGCUGCAGGCGGAAGAGGAAGAUGAUUUCUACAAGACCACGUACGGGGGUUUCAACGAGGAAUCUGGGGACGAGGAAUACAAUGAAGAUCGCUCUGAGAGUGAGGAUGAAGUCGACUCGGAUUUUGAUAUUGAUGAAGGGGAUGAACCAACGAGUGACCAUGAGGAGGAGGAGCCCAAGAAGAAGCGCAGAGUAGUGACAAAAGCUUAUAAGGAGCCAAUCCAACUCCUUAAACCAAAGCCCAAAAAAACAGACGCCCCACCCAGCACUGCUGCAAAAAGCCGUCCAGAAAAGCCUCGGGCUCAGGAGACGCCAGAUGAUCCGGGGGACAGCCGCAAACAAGUGCGCCAGUCCACGACGGAGCACACGCGUCAGACUUUCUUGCGAGUACAAGAGCGACAGAUCCAGUCCAAAAAGAAAAAGGGACCCCACCCCGACCGGCCGCUGACCCAGGAGGAGCUGCUGGAAGAAGCCAAGAUCACAGAGGAGAUCAACAUCCGCUCGUUAGAGAAUUACGAGCGGCUGGAAGCUGACAGGAAGAAGCAGGUGCAUAAGAAGAGAAGGUGGGCGGGUCCCACUAUCCGCUACCACUCUAUGGUCAUGCCCCUCAUCACUGAGCUCAACGUGAAGGAAGAGAAUGUGGAUGUGGAAGGACUGGAUCAAGAGCAGACGGGAGACGGUGGCCAUUCUUCUACUGGUCCCACAGGGAAAUGUUCCCGCACUUUUAUCACUUUCAGCGACGAUGAAUCCUUCGAGCGAUUCUUCCCCAGGACCAAGCAGGGCAAGUUUUCAGUGCGGGACAUGUGCCCCGUCACCCACAAGCCGGCCCAGUACAGAGACCCUGUCACAGACAUCCCCUACUAUAACGCUAAAGCCUUUAAAAUCAUCCGCGACGCUUACAAAAAAUACAUCACCGCUCACGGUCUCCCUAACGCUGCCAUGGCAACCGCUAUGGGGCCUUCCCCGAGUUCAGCCGACGCCGCACAACGAAACUCGAGGCAGAAAAUCAUCAUCAAGCAGAGUGUGCCCAGCGCCUGAUAUACUGCCCCCUACUGGCCAAUCACAUCAGACUUCUAUACACGGCUCUACCAGUCACAUGCUGGGAGUUGUAGUAGAACAAUAGGGUGGAGUAGAAGAAAUGAGAGGGCAGGGUCAUGGGCUUAGGGGCGGGUUUACUAAUAAUGGAGGCAGGAAAAUCAUAGGAAAGGAGAGGAGGAGCGGUAUCUACAAUUGUUGGCCUAUAGCAACCAAUCAAAUCUUUGCUUUUGUUUUCCAACCUAUAGAUGACUGUUUAAAUCUAAUUGCUGAUUGGUUGCCAUGAGCAACAGCUCCAGAAAUCUCCAAUGUUCGUAAACAUGCCCAUUAGUCUGUCUGUUGAUUUCCAUCAUCCCCUCCCCCCCUCAUUGUGGGGGGCCCUUCCUAUAGUUACGCCUCUAAUUUGCGUCCAACAAAUGUAACUGGCAGCCAAUUCCUUGAUCUAUACACACACACACACACACAUAUAUAUAUUUAUAAAUGUCACCCUAUUUACCAAAUGGUAAACCCCGCCCCCCCCAAACACACACACAAGGAACUCUGGGACACCUGCUUUAAAGAGCAGCUGAACAAACAUUAAAGGGGUCGUUCACCUUGAAGAUAACUUUUAGUAUGUUCUAGAAUGGCCAAUUCUAAGCAACUUUACAAUUGGUCUUCAUUAUUUAUUUAUUUAUUUUUUAUAGUUUUUGACAUAUUUGCAGUUUUCUUCUGACUCUUUCCAGCUUUCAAAAUCUAAAAACAAAUGCCCUGUAAGGCUACAAAUAUAUUGUUAUUGCUACAUUUUAGGUUCUCUCCUAUCUCUUAUUUGAAUGAGUGCAUAGUUGCUAGGGUAAUUUGAACCGUAGCAACCAGAUUGCCGAAAUCUGCCGUUAUCUGAAGAGCUGCUGAAUAAAAAGCUAAAUAAGUCAAAAACCACAAAUAAUAAAAAAUGAAAACCAAUUGCAAAUUGUCUCAGAAGAUCAUUCUCUACAUCAUACUAAGAGUUAAUUUAAAGGUGCACAACCCUCAAGGAGGGGCUUGAAGGAAAGUCACCAGGGAGCUUUAAGCAGAGCAGGGGCAGCGCUGUGUCUAAUAUAGGGCUGGAGCUCUCAGGUUUGUAAUUUAUAGACUGUUAUAUGGUUGCUGGGGCUUAAUUAGCUUAGCAACCACACAGCAGCUGGAAAGUGAGAAUGGAAGUAGGAUCCAAAUAUCAACACACACUAUAGAAGACAAGAAAAAAAUAAAAUUGAAAUCUCACUGUUAGUCUGUAUUUUGGUUGCGGGGGACAUUGAACCCCAACUGUUUGGUGAGUUACUCCUGUGUACAGUGUUGUUUUGUACAUAAAUAAAUAUAAUUGGUCCUUUUGUUACUGGGAA